CAUAUAUUCAUUCAACUGUUUCUACCAACAUACACUCUUUCGAAUAGCUCUACAUAUAUGCAAGCAGUAUGACCAAAGCAGCCAAGAUCCCCUCAGCUAUCGACGGUGCCUCUAAGAAACACACUACCGAGCAAUCAUCAAAACACUCAAGCACAGACAAAGACGGCCUUAGGAAUAGGAAGAAGAAUGAAACGACAACAAUCUCAAGCGAAGUUGCUACAGAAACGAAUGAUAGUAGCACAAAGAUAGAUAAACAUGCAAAAGGUACCGGAAAAUCAGGUAACAACACGAAAAAGAAAUUAGAAGCCAAGCCCAGUAGCUGGACAUGGAGCGGAUUAAUUGGGACGAUCACAGGCUAUGUGGCCACUUUGGCUGCAAUUGCGUACAUAGGCGUGAUGGGGUAUCAUUUCUUUCACUUGUUUCAUCCCGAAGGAGCGGGGCCUGAAGAUGUGGGGAGAGAGUAUUAUAAUUCAUUCAAAGAUGGUGAAGCACUGGAUGUAUAUACCUAUUUGACCACUGGGCAUAGGGUGUGUAGUGGUUUCAUAGACAAUGCGACGGAGUCGCUCAAUGCCUCCACGUGUGUGCUGGUGUGGAAUCCAAAGAAUAUCCGAUACGGGUACCACAACGAAACGAUGAAACAGGAUCUACGAUACGGAUACAACGAAACGAUAGACAGGUAG